GGGAUAGAGAGAGAGACAGAGAGAGACAGAAAAAUAUCAAGUACUUUUCCUUAACAAUUAAUAGUUACAAUCAAGAGAAAGAAAGAAAAAAUCAACGAGAAUAAUUAGUUUUUCUUUGAUUUCUUGUUGCUCUUUUCAGAAUAAUCAUCAUUAUCUUUCUUUUCUGGUAUUUGUUUUUCUUCUUUCGCUGGUUUAUUUGAUCUUCCAUCUUCUUCAUCUUCUUUCUCCUCAGUGAUUGUGAUUAACUAUUUCCCAUUGGAUUAAUCAUUUUAGAUCGGUAAUCUCAUCAGAAAACUUUAUUUCCUUUCCUGUAGUUUAAUUGUUUCUUGAUUUGUAAACUUUUACCACUUUGUGAAUCUGUUGAUUGUUGUUGGUGAGAUUUUAAAUUGCCAAAGGAUAAUGGAUGAAGAAUCUGAAUCCCUUGGUGUUAAUCAUGUUCAAAGUAAACUUGCCAAGCUUGAAAAUUUAGCUGAUACGCUGUCGGGAACAACGAACACCUCAACGAACAUUGGAUCAACAUUAUCAGGUUCAAAGAGUACGAGUGGUGAUGGUGGGGAAGUUGAGGAUAAUGGUGAUCAUCAUGAUGAUGAUCUAGUUAAAAUUGAUAACAAUAAUCAUCAUGAAUCAGUGACAAGUGAGUGUUCCGAUGAAUCGAUGGUUAAUGAAGAUGAAUCCAUUCCGAUUGAUGGUACAAUAGGUGAAAAUGGUGAUCGUAAACCUGAACUUAACUCGAUUAAAAUGUUUGUUGGUCAAAUUCCAAGAGAUUGGACAGAAUAUGAGUGCCGUGAAUUACUUUCAGAGUUUGGUGAGAUUUACAGUCUCCAUGUACUUCGAGAUAAAAAGACAAGUAUCUCCAGAGGUUGUUGCUUUAUCACCUAUUAUUCAAGGAAAUCAGCAUUAGAGGCUCAAAAUGCUCUUCACAAUAUCCGAACACUUCCAGGGAUGAACCAUCCCAUCCAAAUGAAACCAGCGGAUAGUGAGAAUCGUAAAGUGAAAACCCGACGACCCACAAUGGUAACAUCAAAUUCGUACGCUGGUAGUUUAGCUGGAGUAACGGCUGCCACCUCAUGGCCUAUUAAAAGUGCAGCCGCUGCAGCAGCGGCAGCGGCAACACCAAUUCCAGCGGAAACUUUAAUAACCAAUCCUUACGUUGCUUUGGUUGUGGCAGCGGCUGCAGCACAACAGCAGCAACAACAGCAACAGCAACAGCAACAACAAGCACAGGUACAGGCACAAGUGGUUGCUCAUCAACAACAACAACAAGCCCAACAACAGCAAAAAGUUCAAGCUCAAAAACAGUCACAUCACCACCAUCAGCAUCACCAACACCAACACCACCAGCAACAACAACAACAACAAGCCCAACAGCAACAAUUGGCCGCCGCUGUUGCCACCCUUGCCUUGCAACAACAACUUGCCAAUCAGGAUGCAUUAAGUUUAUCCGCUGCAACUGCUUUAGCCUCAAAUCCAAUGUUAGCCGCUUUAUAUGGUACACCAGCAACCGCCGGAGCGGGUACAACUUGCCUUCCAUCACCAACAGCUUUAAACACAAACACCAGCCUUGCGGGUUUAAGUCUUGUUCAGCCUUCCUUUACCAGUCGUAGUCCAACAAUCCAAAGUCUUAGCAGUUUAACCACCGGUCAAUCUAGUCCCACCAUAAUUGGAGCCACUCUUAACCCCUCAAUUAAACAAAUGGAAGGCCCAGAAGGAUCAAAUCUUUUCAUUUAUCAUCUUCCCUCCGAUUAUACUGACGUUGAUUUAGCCCAAACAUUUACCUCCUUUGGUAACGUUGUUUCCAGUAAAGUUUUCAUUGAUAAAAACACCAAUUGUAGUAAAGGAUUUGGUUUCGUGUCUUUUGACAAUCCAAUCUCGGCCCAAGCUGCAAUUCAAGCUAUGAAUGGCUUUCAAAUUGGAAACAAACGACUGAAAGUACAAUUAAAAAGGAUCAGAGACAAACCUUAUUAACAGAAGAAGAAAAAUGAUAAAUAAAUAAACAGAGAAGAAGAACUUGGAAAAAGAAAAAACAAUUAUUUUAAAAAGAACGAAAAAUUCUAUGUUUUUUAUAUAUAUUCUACAUGUUUGUUCAUUCACCACCUCAAAUAUUAUAACAUUUUCUCUUAAUUCUUUUGUUCUCCUUUCCCACCUCCACCUCCUUCCUCAUUUCACCUUCAUUCAUAUCACUCCUUCCGUCUCUUUCUUUUCUUCCUUUUUUUAAUAUGAUCCUAAUCAUCAUUUUCAUCUCUUCUUCUCGUCAAUUUUUCUUUUUCCUUGAUAUCUCCUUUUUCUUUUCAUCUUGUCAUCUCUCUCUCUCUCUCUCUCUCUCUCUCUCUCUCUCUCUCUCUCUCUCUCACUUUCUCUGUCCUUUUCAAUCAUCAUCUCCAUCAUCAUCACCAUCUUUUAUUUGUAUAAUAGUUCUAAAAAAGGAAAGAAAAGAAAGAAAAGGAAAAGAUUUAUCUUCCCAGAAAUCUUUCUCCAUCCUCAUCCCACCCCACCCACUACUUCUCUCUCUCACUCUUAUUCUAUCUGUUAACUUAACCUUAAUGUUAUGUAAAUAUAAUAUGAUUAUUAUCAUAAAUAAUAUUCUUAUCUUAAUGAUAAUGAAUAUCCAUAGGUAAAAAAAAGAUGAUGACAAAAAAUACUAAACACAAAGAAGUAUUUAUAAACAUAUGAAUAUAUUAUUAUCAUUAGUAAA